AUUGUUCCUUUCUGUAUUGUGCUGAGCGGAUCCAAGGGAUUGGUAGGGGAACAGGCAAGCCAGGCAUCACUGUGGAUGUUGAAGAAGGGAGUUCCUCAAAGCUCGGCAUCUUUGCUUGCUUGCUCUGGAAUUACAGCUAUUUAUUACGAAGCACUCUGCGUGGCUUAGUGGAGAGUACCUGAGGAAACACAUCCCGGACACCACUUGGGGUUAGUCUUUCUGAGCUCUUCGCCUCUCUGACCAAUUCUCAUCAUUACCAUGGAGCCCAACAGUCCCAAAAAGAUACAAUUUGCUGUGCCUUUAUUCCAGAGUCAGAUUGCACCUGAAGCAGCAGAGCAGAUCAGGAAAAGAAGACCUACGCCCGCAUCACUUGUGAUUCUCAAUGAACAUAACCCCCCAGAAAUAGAUGACAAGAGGGUGCCCAACACACAAGUGGAAUCACAGAAUCCACCCCCUAAGCAAAGGAAGCAGAGUGUGUACACACCACCCGCCAUGAAAGGGGUAAAGCAUCCGAAAGGCCAGAGUGAACCAGGAUUACCUGAAGAAGAAGAAGGCAUCAAUGAGAGAGAGGAGCAGUGGGACCAUUAAUUGCUGGUCUGCAGCAAGAAGGCCUCUUGGGGAUACCUGAACUACUAACUUUUCUGAAUAUCCUAUGAAACUCCACUGCUUGACUUCUGGAAGCAUCCUCCAUCUCUGCACUCCACACUCACACAGUAGUUACGCACCUCCCGGAAGCCUCCUUGACUGAACUUUAGAACUAAGUACAUAUUGUUCCACAUCACUUACAAUUAAAGAAUAAGCAUUUAUUUUACAGUGAUUUUUCUUUUUAACUUCAUAGAAAUUUGCAGACAUGUGACUGUUCUAACUUUAAUACUGCCAGAGCUUAAUCCCUGAUGUCUUACUGAAAAGGUUUGCAUUCUAAGGUCAAAUGUAAAUAGCAUCACUUUAAAAGUAAAAAAAUAAAUAUUAAAUACAUUUA